UUUUUCUUUUUUUUUUAAUCCAAACGCCCCCUAAAAUAGGAGGUUAUCGUGUUCCAGCUCCCACUCUGUAAACUCGACACUGGAACUAGUUCCUUGUAAGCCAAACCCUGAUAUCCACUGAAUAACCAUGUCGAAAGAACUCCCAAAAGAUGUAAUCAUCGACAUCCUUUCGCGUGUUCCCAUCAGAUACAUCCUCCGUUUCAAAUCCGUCUCUAAAUCAUGGUACGCCCUUUUCAAAAACCCUAAAUUCAUAACCAAACAUUUCGAAAAUCAAGCCACAAGCUCCGAUGUCACUGCCCUGGAUGCAUCUUUCCUUUUUACCCCUCACAAGUCGUCGUCUCCCCCUACCGCCGCCGCUAAUCGUAACGUUGGAUUGAUCCUAUCGAACUCUGAAAAACCAAUCAAAAUUCCCAUUGAGAUCGACAUCCCGUUUCUCAGCAUCUCAAAACCCUUACGGGUCUGUGGCAGUUGUAAUGGUUUAAUCUGUUUGAGCAUUUUGCCGAUUGCAUCGAUUAUCUUGUUAUGGAAUCCUGCUACUAGGGUUUUCAAAGACCUCCCUGUAUCCCCAAUUGAUCGACCCCAAGCUGGUCCGAUUAAGGUCGUAUUAGGUUUUGCGUUUGAUGAUGUGACGAACGAUUAUAAGGUGUUGAGGAUUGUGUAUUACGGUUACCCAUUGAAUCAAGUGGAAAUGUACUCGUUGAAUACAAAUACGUGGAAGGAGAUUAAGACUCGUGUGCAGUUCUUGAUCUUUGAGUCAUCGUGUAGUGUGUUCUUGAAGGGUAGGUUUCAUUGGACAGCUAUAGGGUUCGAGGAGAUGCAUGGGAAGAAGCUGAUUGUGUGUUUUGAUUUCCGUGAAGAGGCUUUUCACUAUAUCAUGCCCCCUGAGUUCGAUUUUGGUGGAUGGGAUGCUGAAGGUGAAGAUUCAAGUAUGUCUAAAGUCAGUUGGACUGCUGUAGCUUUUAAGGAUUCAUUAGCAGUGAUUGGUUCAGCUGGGAAUGGAUCUGGGAAGAGGUUUGAGGUGUGGGUGAUGAAAGAAUAUGGGGUGGUUUCCUCAUGGACAAAGUAUAGGUCUUUUGAACUUCAAACCAAAGUUGGGAGGCCAUUGGGGUGUGGAUUGAAAGGUGAGUUUUUGUUGGAGAAGGAUAAUAAUCAGUUGGUUUUAUAUGAUUCAGAUUCUCAGAGGAUCAAGAAUUUGGGGAAUCAUGGAGUUGCUUAUUGGUCUGAUGUGUUUAAUUAUGUUGGAAGUUUACUUCCUAUCAAUGGAGGCAAGGUUGCUCAAAGGACCAAUUUAUCAUCUGUGGUUCCUGACAUCUUCUUUGUUCGAAAGAUGGACCUUACAAUCGAGUAAUUUUCUCUGCUAAUCUUUAUCUUUGACUUAAUGUUGCUUAAUUAGAUUACUAUCUAUCAUACCCUGUUGUAGUUGUUGAAACUUAUUUCAUAUCAGUAUGUUGUUUUCAAUCCAUGUUAUAGAUAUAUGUGGUGUUAUCUAUCA